GUGGCUCCAAUAAACCAAUGGGAAGUGCUGGAUGUAAAUGCAAAGGUAGAGAAGAGCAAGCAGCGUCGCGUAAACCACACCAAUAUGGCGUCCGGGGACCGACGCCAUCUAACGUCCCUGGCAUUCCUGUUUUUUUUGUUCGUCCGGUAAACCCACGGGCUUUUCCGCGUACCACGCACCAUACGUUUUUUUUAUAUAUACACCAAAGUUUUAUUACAAAGUUGUUUAUUACUUAACCCGAGGUGGGUGCUUCGUUGUAUUAUCGGUGAACAAAAUAAUAAGCGUGUUGAGUUUGUGAACAAAAGCGUACGGUGAGGGGGGAAAAAAGCGGCUAUAAACGAAACACGAGAUGCCGAGGGAGUCUCGUUACGUAUGGUGAGGAAGAGAAGAAGGAAACGAAAGAAAAAAAACAACACAAGUUCGACGAAAUUUCGUAUACGCGGGAAAAAAGAUUUACGAGUGAAAUGAUGAGUUAACCGUGCUGGAGUAAGAUCACACGGGGUAACAACAUUUUUUCUGUGUAAGCCUUAUCGCAGCUGUGUGAAAGCAUUGGAAAGUCAUUUUUUUUUAUAACUCGCGCUAUCUCGCUCACUCGCAUUGUUGCAAUCGAGGUAGCUCAUUAAAAAAUAUCUACAUUUUGGAGAACCCUGUGCUGUGUUCGAUACCGCGUUCUUCGAGCGGGAGGACUCGUUUAGCGACGGAGAAAACAACAACACUAAACAAGACAAACAGUAUCAAGGAUUAAUAUACAGUCGGAAGCUCCGCAUCAGAGGACAUGAUGAGCGCUUCGGCCGUCAAGUCCUCCAUGCCUGGAGUUGGUAAUUCCCCGCCGACUACGGCCCACUCGAUUUUACCAAUGAACGUAAUGGCUCAAAAGGUCUCGGCUGCUGGGAACGAGUCGGCCGGUAUGAAGCCUCUGGGCGGAGGUGGAUUGAGUUAUGUCACACUUCAGCCAGCCAAUCAACCGCUCAGUUUGGUACAAGAUCACCGACCGGCUUAUCCAAAUCCUUCUUAUGCAAGUAAUAAUCCUGAAAAGGACAAAGAGAAAGAGACCGAUGGUGAUAAAAUAGUGCAGAAUGGCGUUGAACCGUUGAAAACUCCUGGCGAAUCAGAGCCCCAGAGUACGCUACACGGGCCUCCUGUCACACCACCCGUUUCCAGUCCAGCUCUUAUCGCUGUUCCGGUUAUACCAUCGCCCCAGACGAAACAACAAACCGAUGCUAAUCGCAAUAAUAAUCAGAGUCCUGAGAAUCCUCCACAGGAUAAACAAGACUCCAACAAGGACAAAUCUGAAUCAGAAUCCAACACCGAAAAAGUCGAAUCUCCAGUAGUGGCAGCCUCUGUAUGUACACCUGGGCAAAACAAAGCGGAAGAGAAAAAGUUAACGCCGGUGAAGAAUGGUUCAAAACCUGAAAGCACAGUAGCAACGGUGGUACAUCCACCGACGAAGGUGUCGCCGCACAAGCCUGAGGAACAACAACCACAAAUAAGAUCAGCAGAAUUUGGACCAACGAAAGUGAAAUCGAGUGUUCCAGCACCAGUUACGAUUCCAAGCUCAAAACCUAACGUCGAAAACUCGACGAGCCCUGCGACACCAAAGGUUGAGCAAAAAAUAACAAGCACGCCACGAAACGUCAAGAGAAAAUCACGAGAAUUGAAGGAUUUGAAGGGUGCUUCAGCCGAUGAUGGCAGCAAACCUAAAAGGAAUCGGGUUCAGACACAGCCUUAUCAAAGUCCGUUGCCGGAAAUUGCUUUGAUCGUAAAAACACUCAACAAGACACCAUCUACAAAAAAUCCAGACGAUAAACUUAUCGUUUUUUACAAGAAUGAAUUUCUAGCAGUUCGAAAUGCCGAAGGAAGCUUUUAUGUUUGCCAAGCAAUGCAAAAUAUAUACAAAUCAAGCAGACGUAUACGCAUACGUUGGUUGUCACAGGACAAAAACAAUGGUGAAAUAUAUUCACCUGACUUUUAUGACAUCACCGAUUUUGAUUGCAUAUUGACCAAUCUUAAUCUCAAUAAAAUCGACAAAAAUAAAUACCAGCUAACCAAGUUCGAGCUUUUGCGUACGGAGAACAUUUUGAAGCGAGCUAUUGAUGUAGAGGCUGGGGUCUCCGAGAAGCCUAGUGUAACGGAGGAGCAUCCCGACGGACUCGAUCUUUCGCUGUACAAGGAUGAAUCGCAGCUAAAAAGGAGGAAACGCGCGGCAAAAGAGAAGCAAAGAUUGCGCAAAAGGUCGAAGAGAGAAUCGAGCUCGUCCGAAGAAUCGUCAUCUAGUGACGAGGACGAGGACGAUGACGAUGAGGACGAAGAUGACGAUGACGAGGAGACUGACAAAAAAUCCUCGCUAAAAACGAGUCGUGCGAAAAAACGUUCGACGAACAAAGCCCUUGCGAUUGCAAAAUCGGUUGCAAAAGGACCGAGUAGAGAAAAAAGAGCCCUCAACAGAGCGGCAGCCUCGAAGACACCGGUUCCCGUUAUCGGCAAUAACGUGAGCAGCAGUUCCACCGAAACUGCCAAGAGAAAUCCGCCUGACCCAAACAAAAAAAUUGAACCGAAAAAAAUUAUCAAUAAGCCACAAACUAGUACCAUAGCCAGCGGUCCAUCAAGAACAACAAAACAUCGCGGUUCGACACAGAUCGCGCAGGAGAUAAGCAGUACCAGCAUAGCGGGAAGAGCCAAGAGAUUGGCGAGCACAGGCCAGGCGGCGACUCCCGUUAUCGUCGCAACAUCAUCAACGGAAGAUGUGUCUUCUCGCAAAAAACCACGUACCGCCGCCAGGGCAUAAAACAUCGCUCUUCUCGUGUUCGUUGCGAUAUAUAAAACGGGAAAUGAAUCAUCAAGAGGGUUUAUUGCGUGGACGAUAGGUAUGCGCGCGCGAUGUGGUUAUGCUGUUAAUAUGAAAAACUAAAUAAAAGAAGAAAUUUAAAAAUACAAUAAACUAAUAAACGAAUCACAAAAAAUAAUACGUUGAAUUGCAACAUUUUAAUAUAAGAAAAAAUUUAGUAGAGCACGAUUUUGGUAUGAAACUCAUGAAUUCACACGUCGUGGUUUUUCAUCCGGUCGUCGUAAAUUUAGAGAAUAAAAAUCCACAGCCGUGGCUUUCGCGAGUACCACAACGCGACGCGAAUCUUUAUUGUUCAUGCCACGGAACUUUUAUUAUACCAUUAAUCAAUACCACACAAAAGUCAACAGAGUAUUUGCGACAUGUCCAACAAAAUAUAGAAAAAGAAGAACAAAUGGGAGAUAAAAUCUGUGGGUAUUAUUUAUCCACGUUUCGAUUUUGUCUCCCUUCCCCUUUCACACUUGAAUACCAAGGUGGUUCAUUUUCAUGAGUUUUUUCGCCCAUUAUUUUGAUCAGAGGAUCAACGACACUAAGUAAUUUUUUUUUAAUCUUGAGAAUCGUACAAAGUGAAAUUUUUUUUUUUUUUUUUUUUUUAAAUAAAUUUUACGCAGUCGAUUGAUGAAUAUAUUUGUAUUUUUUGCCAUAAAAGCUCAGUUUUACUCGAGCAUUUUCUGCCUAUAGAUUUUUGUGAUUUUUCUUUUCUUCCUGCUGAACACCACGCAUAUUUCAAGAAAAAAUUUCUUUUACUUACUCUUCGUACGAGAUCUACUUUCACCUUUAUUACGGCUAAUUGUACAGAAACAAAUUUCACAACGAUGAAAAAUCGAUAGAAUGACAUUUGAAUAAAUAUCUAAGCCGCAGCGUCAAUUAUAAAAACUUAAAUGAAAUUUUAUCUACGGUUCGUAAAAUAUGACUCAAUGAUUUUUUUAUGUGAGAUUUCAUCCUCAUCUAAUUUGCAUGAUAUGAGAAAUCGAUUGAAACUGAACCAUCGUAAUAAAUAAACGUAAAGAGCAAACGAAGAAAAAUCGCAAUGUCAUGUACUCGUAGACUUGCACACGGACACCAAGCACUUUUGCAAUAGUCUAUUUUUGAUGUUGUAAGCGAAUCUUUAUCGAUUCGAUUGGUUUUCAACACACAAAUGCAAACUUAUAAAUACACCGAGGGACAGAAUAUACACACACGAAAAUCUCAUAAACACACACUUUUCAUUGGAUAUGAUAACUAUGUACAAAUAUAUAUGUCUGGGGUAUAUAAGUGUUCUGUAAAACAGAAAACAUUGAAAAAUGAUUAUAGAAGCAAAGCCAGAGAUUGAAUGAGGGAAUGAGGGGCUGUUUGAAAGAAGAAAAAACAAAAGAAAACGAAUGAGACAAGUGUGUGAGAGGAGUAUAAAAUUAAUAAACAAAAACCUGUAGGUUUAUGAUCUAUAGAUCUACCAGUUAGAAAUGAUAUGUGUACAUCAUGUUGAAAAAAAUGAUAAAGAAAAGAAAGGGAAAAAUUACGCGCUGCUCAAGAAAGAUAAAUUUAGCAGUCGAGAAAAAUAUGGUCCAACGUGUAUCUGCGGUGUCGGGCAGUUGGAAAGUAUAUUGUAGGUACAAGUCUUCAUUUUCUAUUUUCGCAGAGCAUCGACAUAUUUAUCGACGAUGAUAAUUGAUAAUCAUGAUUUAGAUAUUAUACAGUAAAAGCAAAGAAAGAACAUAAACAAGAAGAGCCAAAUCAUUAACGCGGCGUCCAAAGUAUUCGAGGCCCGGAAUUCAUUUACUUUUCAACUUGGGAAAACUCUAAAGAACUUACGUGUGACUUGUGUGAAUUAUAAAUUGAGAGGAAAAAUAUUCAUAAGAUUUAUGAACACCGUAGUAAUCUGAUAAUUUGUGGUGAACAGAAGUGUAAUGUAUUUUGGAGAAAGCACAAGCGUUUGCCCUUCGUUCUUUUCAUUCUCCAGCAGAGAAAAAUUGCAAUUCUGCUCUGGAUAACAUUUUUUUUUUUUUUACUACUACAACGAUUGUGAUUGUAUUUCUGCCACGGACUUUGGACCAGAGAGUGUAGCCAGACACAUAUAUGGCAACAAAAAAUGAGAAAAUUCCAGUCACCGAAUCUUAAUUAUUGAUUUUUUUAACGUAGCUGAUAAGUUAUAUUUUGGAAUGUAUUCAUAUCAACGCAAACACACAAACACCUACACUUACAUAUACACACGCAAGAGUUUCAGCUUAAUUUUUAAGAGCAGAUUGAAUAAUUAUAUCGAGAAGGAAGAAGCAAAAUCAAUUUAACAAGUCUGCAUCAUCUUAGCACUGGAAUUAUUUCGAAAGACGAGUGCCGCGGCUGUGCAUUACGUUUUUCGUUCUCGUUUGUUUUCUCAUAUUUUUUUCUCUGUAGAUUAAAAACUUAUAUAUAUAUUGAAUUGAAGUGGAUAAAAAGGGACCUACAGUUCCAGAGAACAUAGAAAAGUUCAUUUUUUUAUUAGAGGAACACAAAACGCAAAUAAAUCGCUCGAUUUGUGUUACGUCGUCGUCCUCUCUGAUAAAUAAAUAAAAAAAUUUCUACUUAUUUCUCUUAUCGCGAAUUAAUAAAGCAUCGAAUGAAAAGAAAGAAAGAAAUGAAAAUUAAUCAUGAGAUUGAAUAUAAUGUAUAAAGUCUUCGAUAAUAUAGAAAACGAAAAAAACUACACGAAAAACAUGUCAUAUUUGCAGAGCCAAUAGUGUGGAGAGGCCCGAAAAUCUAGUUUGUCGAUUGAACCAGCGCAAUUGCGCAAUUGAAUUUUUAGAAAACCACGUAGGGAAACUACCCAUUCGAUAUUUUUCAUGUUUGAUUCUUUUUUUUUUUUUGUUCCCAAGAUUUUUGAUCAGUGGAAUAAUGAAAAAUAAAUGAAUGAUAGAAGUAUAGAAUAUUAUUUUACCCUAUGAAUAUGCUUUGUAAUUGGAAAAAUUGUGUGAGUGAAUAACAAAAUUAUAUUGCUUGGAAUAAUGGAGCAAUUGAUAUAUAUAUAUAUAUAUAUACAUAUAUAUAUACGAUUGACGUUUUUUUAAACAUUGUUUUUACAGACACGUGUUUAAUGUGAACUGUUUCUUUUUUUUUAUGAUUUCAAUUUUGCUCCUUUUGUUUUUUUUUCUCUCAUGUUCUGCAAGCGUGUAUAAUAGCUUACGUAUUAUAAUCAACCUUGUUUUUAUCGUGUAUGUACGAUCAUUCGCCCCGACAGGUGUAACAAAGGCACACGCAGUAUAAUUAUACACACCACACACACACCCACACACACACAUAUAUAUAUACACAAAAUUGAAAAAAAAAGAGAAAAAUACACAUAUGCAAAUAAACGAAAGAGUGGACUUUUGUUACGAAAGCCGUACUAGUUUAAUGAUGACGGUGAUGCUGCGCCAGCUGGAAAACUAGUACCUAUUGAAAUUUUUUCGACUCUUCUUGAGAGAGUCUCUCCGCGAGGCCCUUAGUGGAGGUGUUGUUUUCGGGUGCACUGCUCUGCCCUGUACCGAAUAAAGAUAAAGUUGCAUACAACAUUUAA